UCCUCUCUUUUCUUUUCAGCAGCCUGAUCAGGGCUGAAUGUUACCCCCGGCUGCUAAGAAGAGCCUAACCUUUUCCUCUCUUCCUUUUUUGUUCUUUUAUUUUUUUCCUGUCGAUUAUGAUGAUUUUUUGAAGUCCUGGAAGGUGGCCUAUCCCCUCUCCUGGGGCUUCCCCAGCUAUUGUGACUCUCCCCGGCUUUCAGGGGUUUGGCCUGGGAAAGGUGGGUUUCUUGGGGUGGCUCACAGCCCUUCUCCAGUGAGACCCUGGGGGAAGCCGGGAGCCACCGUCUCCCUCCCUCCUCUCUCCUGAGAAGCCAUAUGGAGCCUGGAUUCUUCCAACAUGGAGGCAAGGGAAAUAGACACGUUGGGCUUGGUAGGGCUGCUCCCCACCCCCUUCUCCUGGAUCCCCAGAUCUCGGAUCCCCUCGGCACCUUUCCCUCUUGUCACUGUCCCAUCAGCCAGGCCUCUGCGCCCUCCAGCCCAGCCGGGCCUGGCAAAGUCCCGGUGCGGAGUUGCUAACGCGCCUUUUAAUUCGGUUACCUCCAGCUCCCAAACUUGCUGUCGCCCUAGGGCUCGGCCCUCGGCCCGGUGGCUCUUGGAACCUGCUGCCGCGAACCGUUUCCACGUUCCCAAAGCUCUCGGUUCGCCUCCUUGGGCCAACAUAGCCGGUCGCCAGCCACCGCGGCAGCCGCGGCCGAGGCAGCUUGGCGGCGGCGGCGGCGGCCGGAGGCUAACUCCGUCCACAAACCUUCCGGGCCGUUUCUUGCCGCCGGCAGAGUCUCCAUUCUUUGCUAUCACGUCUCUGGCUUCUCGCUUCUCACAGUCGCCUGGCCUCGGUCCUGCGAUGGUUUGCGAGUUUAUUGCAGGGGGAGCGACAGGAAUUUCGGCCCCAGGCGUCUAGUCAAAUUAUUGUUUUAUUAUUAUUAUUAUUAUCAUCAUCAUCGUCAUGGUCAUCAUCAUUACAGCUGUAACGAUCAUUUAGACUAAAUAAAGCCAGGGCCCCGCCAGCCAACCCCCUCCAACGUUUUUAGUUCAUUCUCCUCUCUGUCUAUUAAUAACAAACUCAACUGAUGCCUGUUAAUUAAUUCCCCCUUCAGCCAGGGCUGCUCCGAAGCUAAUUUUGGUUAAAUCAUCAGAGGCUAAUGAUAAUAAUAAUAAAGGGAUUGGGUCAGCCUGGUCAAUUGAACUCCAGUUCUCCUCCCUGGAAGGACCUGCUGCUUUGCAGACCCAUGUGUAUGUCCCAGAAACAAAUUCUUCCCAGAAACCAAUCGGAACUACUCAGCUCCCUUUUGAGUCUAAAUCUGUGCCAGGAAGAAGGGGAUUUAUGUGUAGGAGGGAUUUCCUUCGCCUGCCCUCCUUUUAUUUUAUUUUCCUAUUUUUAGUUUUCUUUGGAGUUGACCAGCUGGGCUGAAUGAGAUUUAAGUAGUCCAAACUCCCAUGUCAGAAGAGAGGGUCAGUCUGAAGAUUUUUAUGAAAAGUGAUGGGGAGUGUUGGGGGAAUGCAAUCAGAAGUUUCAGAAGAAAUACACAAAAUCCUGUGACAGCUUGAACCUUUAUUUUUCUGGCACGCUCAGAAGCCUGUAUUAAAAUAAUGAGGUCAACCUCUGCUCCGAACAGACCCCGGGAGGAGGGGGGCAGAAAGGGGAGGGGGGUCCGGCGUGCCACGUGACCCCCAGGGGUGCCAAUGUCCGGUCGUGAGGGUAUCAGGCCCUUGCAAGUUGCCACCCACUGCCCGGGCCUCGCCCAGCAAUGCAGAAAGCCACCUACUACGACAACACCGCCGCCGCACUCUUCGGAGGCUACUCCUCGUACCCUGGCAGCAAUGGCUUCGGCUACGACGGCCCCCCGCAACCCCCCUUCCAGGCCGCCACGCACCUGGAGGGCGACUACCAGCGCUCAGCGUGCUCACUGCAGUCCCUGGGCAACGCCGCCCCUCAUGCCAAGAGCAAGGAGCUCAACGGCAGCUGCAUGAGGCCCGGUCUGGCCCCCGAGCCCCUGCCCGCCCCGCCCGGCUCACCCCCGCCCAGCGCCGCACCUACCAGUACCACUAGCAACAGCAGUAACGGGGGCGGGCCCAGCAAAAGCGGGCCUCCCAAGUGCGGUCCCGGCUCCAACUCCACCCUCACCAAACAGAUAUUCCCCUGGAUGAAAGAGUCGAGGCAAACGUCCAAGCUGAAAAACAGCUCCCCCGGCACAGCGGAGGGCUGCAGCGGCGGCGGCGGCGGCGGCGGCGGAGGCAGUGGUGGCGGCGGGGGCGGGGGCAGCGGCGGCGGGGGAGGGGACAAGAGCCCCCCGGGGUCGGCGGCUUCCAAGCGGGCACGGACGGCGUACACGAGCGCGCAGCUGGUGGAGCUGGAGAAGGAGUUCCACUUCAACCGCUACCUGUGCCGCCCGCGCCGCGUGGAGAUGGCCAACCUGCUGAACCUCAGCGAGCGGCAGAUCAAGAUCUGGUUCCAGAAUCGGCGCAUGAAGUACAAGAAGGACCAGAAGGCCAAGGGCCUGGCCUCGUCUUCGGGGGGCCCCUCCCCCGCCGGCAGCCCCCCGCAGCCCAUGCAGUCCACGGCCGGCUUCAUGAACGCCUUGCACUCCAUGACCCCCAGCUACGAGAGCCCGUCCCCGCCCGCCUUCGGCAAAGCCCACCAGAAUGCCUACGCGCUGCCCUCCAACUACCAGCCUCCUCUCAAAGGCUGCGGCGCCCCGCAGAAGUACCCCCCGACCCCGGCGCCCGAUUACGAGCCUCACGUCCUCCAAGCCAACGGGGGCGCCUACGGGACGCCCACCAUGCAGGGCAGCCCGGUGUACGUGGGCGGGGGCGGCUACGCGGAUCCGCUGCCGCCCCCUGCCGGCCCCUCCCUCUACGGCCUCAACCACCUUUCCCACCACCCCUCUGGGAAUCUGGACUACAACGGGGCGCCCCCUAUGGCCUCCAGCCAGCACCACGGACCCUGCGAUCCCCACCCUACCUACACAGACCUCUCCUCUCAUCAUGCGCCUCCUCCUCAGGGUAGAAUCCAAGAAGCGCCCAAGCUAACACACCUGUGAUGGGAGAGGGAGGGUUGGAGGGACAAGGUCCUGGGGUAGGGGAGACCCAGGAGGGGCGGGGACUGUGGAGCUCUGCGGAGUGGGGGGGAGCACCCUGGACAUCUGAGAGAAAAGGCAGGGAGGUGGCAGUUAGGCUUCCUGGGAGGGAAGGGCCUGGAGCUCCUUCUCCUUCCCCUGGCCUCAGAGGUUGCCUUUUUAAAGUCUUGCCGCCCUUGUUCAGUCUGCCUGUGUAUCCACUGAAAAGGAAUCCACAGCAGAGUAGAGAUGACCCCAUCAAUCCCAGGCCUCCAGCAAUACCCAAAUGGAAGUCCACCCUGGGCACUGGAGUAGAGGAAGAGGAGAUAGGGCAACAAGGCAGAGAAGCACAUUUUUAAAAACCGACGAGAUGGCUAGGCCAUCACCAGCCAACCAACCAACUUACCUUUGGUCUCUGUCAUUGGUAAUUCCCCAAAUCUUGAUUUUUUUUUUCUUCUGGCAAUUCUCCUUAAAAAAAAAAAAAUUAAAGACACAUUUCAAAACCAAGGGCACAAAGCACGUUUCCCUCCCAUUUCUCCUGAAUCCUCAAAUUUCUUCCCAUCUAUUUGAGGUUGCUGGGGUACUCCCUGCAUUUCUCGUCCCAUAUUUUUCUGCUCUAGGACAUGCAUAUCUAUACCCCGUCCCCAUCAAUUAUACUCUUCAGAGGGCUCAGGGAUGGUGAGAGAUCUUGAAAGUCAGAGCUGUCUAUAUUAUAAAUAUAUAUAUAUAUUUUCUCUUAUAGUAAAAGCUGGGAGGUAAGGGCUGGCAAGUUGUCAGGAUUGAAGGUUUGCCCAUUCUGCUGCCUCCCAUCUCAGCUCCAGGUCCAUCCCCCUCUCAACAGAAAGCAAUCGGUGACACGAGGUUCCACACUUUUCUUUUCUUCUGUUGCUCUCUUGACUUAACGUGAAAACAGGGUAUAUUUUAACAAACUGUCUGUCCCAGGGCCGGGCUGCAGCUGGGCCUGUGCGCCUUGCUCAACCCGGGACAGGACACUUUUGUUGCACUUAGAGUUUACAUUUUAAUGGAUAUAAAAACAACUGUGAGAGAUGCCUGGGCCUGCAGGAGUCCAGCAUUGCUCAAAAAGCGUGUGUUCUAGUGAACAUUUUCAUAUAUAUUUAUUGGUUAUAGCCUGUUAAAGUAUUUUCUUUUUUGUAUUAUUUAUCCCCCAACAUUAUGUAUUUAUAUGAGGGAAAAAGGAAAAAAAACUGUACUUUUUUUAGUAUUUACUUGUUACAAAGGACGUUGUGUUCCCUGUCAUGUAAAACCAGCUAUUUUAGUUAUUAUUGUACUCUAGAAAAGAGCUGUAGAUUUAUGUUAAACUCGUACUUAUGAGCAAUUGUAAUUAGUUCUAAAAGGCAUGAACUCAGCUCCUAAUUGUCACUGUAUAGUCCUGAAUUUGUAGAAUUAGAGUUAAUUCCCUCUUGGAACUUUCUUUGUUCUUCCGUAGUUACUUUUUCCCUUACUUAAAAGGGUUGUCUGUCAAACAAUUCUUGAAUAAACUUUCUGUUAUCAAUUUUA